AUGAGCAGCGGGAACACGGAUGAUAAAUUGUCAAUCCCGGGUCCCGUUCGUAACCCCAAAUUCAACUUCGCCAUGUCGCCCUCAGUACUAGACGGCCGAAUUGUCAAAACGUCAAAGGGCAAGGUCGGCUCAACAGCACUUAUCAGGCGACAGAAGUACAGCUGGCGAGAUCUUCUCGCUAAUUACACAAAGGAAAUAAGAUAUUUUUACUUUGAUUGCGAUUACACUCGAGAAGGAGUCCAUGAGGAUAUGGAAAAGUUGUUCAAAUUGGAGCAAGAAGGAGAAUGGAACCACAUUGCACCAUACUAUUUUGCGUCCACGGCCCUGAACUUUAGAGUGGCUAUACAAAAGCACAAUGGCUAUAUCGUAGAAGCGGCCGCCGUCGAAAAGGGAGUUGGAAGGUUCCCACGCUCGAACGCGAUCACAAAAGAUAUAGAUAAUCUACCUGUGAGACCCGGGGAGCCAUACACCUUUGGUAAUCUAACGGCGUUCAACCCUGAGGAGGUGAAUUUAUAUCAACCCAUACCAAAAUCAAUCCUCCUCAAACUCCCGUACGCGGUCUUGUUUCAAUUUCUCGUGCAGACUUGUCUGAAUAUUUCCAAAGCAAGGGGUUGGAACUUCGGCGAUCUACUACGUAGCCGUAUGUUUCACCACCUUUCAGAGCUCUUGUAUCGACUCCCAAACAAUCUGAUCAGUAGAUCCGAACUCGAUCGACUAUUAGACGAUACCGGCACGAAUUUACCUCUAGAAAAUCAACCAGGAUCGUCACGGGUAGAAGGAUAUAUGGUUCUCACAGAGCCCGACGAAGCCACAACUCCGAAAAAAAUAGAAAUUCCAAGUUUACGGCAACUGCUCAAAGCUCUUCUUUCGAUGAAUAAAAUAUCGAUGAAGGCAUUUGCUGAAAAUUUAUUACCAAUUCUUAUCUUACGCCGAGAUGAGGACAUGAUAUCUCAUAUAUUUCAAACCCAUGGCGCCGAGUCUAUGGAAGUGAAAUGGUAUAUUGGCCUCCUUGAAAUAGAUCUCAACAAAAGCCUUGGCUAUUUUUUCAAGACCGACAAAGACUACCAAUAUUUCUAUAAGAAGUACAAAUCGCAUGCCAUGGGUCCUGGCUACAUCAAACGCGUAAGACAGAUCCUUAUUAAAGGAAUCACAACUCAUCUGCCUACAGCGCUUACUAGUCAGGAGGCAGUCACACUCGUCGCGUACACUCUCCAAGAUGGAGAUAUUACGUUGGAGCUCAUGCAAGUCCUAUUCCCACUCACUUGUACCACGUCAAAUAUUGAAGAGCAGUACGAAAUACUGUACGGAGCGUCAGUCUUGGAUUCAUUAACAAGAUUCACUUUGAAGGAUCUUGUCAGCUUCGGCUUUCGGAGAAAUAUUCAUAUCUUGGCCUUAGAAGCAGUUAUUGAAAACAAUUUCGAGAAGGCUUCUGUGCUGCUUCCAUAUACUGAACUAGCCUUGUCAUCUACGCAGUUGCAAGAUUUGGAUCUUGGGGCCUUCUUGCUCGGCUACGGAAACGUUUGGGACAUUGUUGGAAAGAGUCAGUUCAGCAAAUUACUCCGGAAAGUUGAAGAAGAGGCCCGAGACCCAAAUUGCAGACGUAACUUUUUUUGGGUUCAGGAUAUUAUCUCGAUAUCAUUCCGUCUUCGGAAUUCUGAGCUCAUGGCAUUCACGUUUAAUCUCGUUAGAGCUCAUCCGCAGCUAUAUGGUCGCGGCCUGGAGUCGUUGAUCAUGGAAUCUGUGCACGCUAUGGAUUUACCUAAAUCCUCUAUUCGGAUCGAAGGAAUAUUUGAUCAACAGCUUGAAAUUGAUGGUGAAGAAGCAGAAAGGAUUAAACUAUUUCACAGUCUACUAACUUCUGGAUGUCGAAAUGGACAGGGGAGUAGCAUUCCCUCCUACGUCUCCCCCGAAAGACUACUCCACUCUGCAAUAUGGGCGCGCAAUCAUUCCUUAGUUAGACACCUCAUCGCAAUUGGCACCAAAUUAAAUGAGGAGGACAGCCUAGGCGAGUCCCCGAUCGUUACUGCAAUAAUUGAGGAGCGAGAUGACGGGGAUCAUCGAACCGCUGCCGAGCUAAGAAGCGAAAUCAGUAUAUUUAUUCAGCUACUGGAGGCAAAAGCAGACAUUGAUUGCCUAAACGAGUUUCGCAUCGAAAUGGAUGGUUAUUUGUAUCAAGUCGAUCCGACUUUCCUCAAGGCUGCUGGGGGUAUCAACAAAACACAAAUUGCGAAACUUUGGAGCAGUCGCUUUGAGCGGGUGUACGACUAUGAUGAUGAUGAAAUAGAAAGCAAGUUGGGUGAUAGAGGGACUACGUUCCGGGUACCUUCAAUUAAUAACAAUCCGCCAUCGCUACCAUUUGACCAAACGACCGACGAGCAUGUUUUACCAGAGCUAUUAUUUAAACUAGAUAUGCCCACCUAUGACAGCGAGGAGGAAGAUGACUUUUUACCGCACCGGUAUUCGGUUUACGAUGACAUAAGGGAAUCUUUCCUUCGGCAUUGGACAGAAUAUGGGCGACAACACUAUACUAAGCAGAUUCGGCUUUUUUUACAAGAAUCAAAGGAUUUGGGAAACGUACAUGGAGAUCCAUUCCUUAUAAAAAACAGUGAGAAGGUGGGUCAUGUCCGCUUUGGAUCCUCGAUCACGCUUCUUCAGUAUCUCGCAGCCUUCGGCAGCAUCCAGCUGUUACAAUCUUUCUUCCAGUUGCACCCGCAAGCGGCCACAGCCCAGCUGUCACAAUCAUACCCACAAUUUCCCUCGCCCCUGCAACUAGCUGCUGCCUGUAACUAUUUAGAUUGUGUCCUAUUUCUAAUUGACAAGGGGUCUGAUCCGCGAGAAACUGUCUGUCUUCCUUUUUGGAAGACCGAAUAUUCCUUCAAACCAAGCAGAGGGUAUAUAGGGGGUGGCACUACCCCUCUACACUACGCCGUUCACAACGGGAAUUUUGAAAUGGCGACGUGCUUUAUAGAACAUGGAGCAAGCAUACACGUCCGAAAUUUGUCAGUCUCCGAAGAAAGCCGCGGCAUGACGCGAAAGCUUCAGAACGUGGAUUGGGAAGGGGAUGCAGUAUCCGCUCUCGAAUUGGCAAUCAAACUAGGGCGCAGGGACUUCGUUGCUCUAUUCCUUAUCUCCGAUAAAGAAGCCAGAAGCCAGGCGUUGGAAAUGGCACAAAAACAUCGUCAAAAUCAUAUAGUAUCGCUCAUCCUGAGUACCUGGGGCGAAAGUUUAUCCCCACCUCAAAAGCCGAGAGCUCAAAAGUGGACCAAGCCGCGUUCUCGAGACAUAUUUACAAAAAACAACCAGCAGCGCGCAAUUUUACCGAAGGUUUACGAUUAG